AUGCAGGCGCGCGCGCUGCUCCUGGCCGCGCUGGCCGCGCUGGCGCUGGCCCGGGAGCCCCCGGCGGCGUCGUGCCCCGCGCGCUGCGACGUGUCCCGGUGCCCGAGUCCCCGCUGUCCGGGCGGCUACGUGCCCGACCAGUGCAACUGCUGCCUGGUGUGCGCCGCCAGCGAGGGCGAGCCCUGCGGCCGCCCCCUCGACUCGCCGUGCGGGGAGAGCCUGGAGUGCGCGCGCGGCGUGUGCCGCUGCCGCUGGGCGCACGCCGUGUGCGGCACCGACGGGCACACCUACGCCAACGUGUGCGCGCUGCAGGCGGCCAGCCGGCGCGCGCUGCAGCUCUCCGGGACCCCCGUGCGGCAGCUGCAGAAGGGCGCCUGCCCGGCGGGUCUCCACCAGCUGACCAGCCCGAGGUACAAGUUCAACUUCAUCGCAGACGUGGUGGAGAAGAUCGCGCCGGCCGUGGUCCACAUUGAGCUCUUCCUGAGACACCCUCUGUUUGGCCGAAACGUGCCCCUGUCCAGCGGGUCGGGCUUCAUCAUGUCGGAGGCCGGCCUGAUCGUCACCAACGCCCACGUGGUGUCCAGCACCAACGCUGUCUCCGGCCGGCAGCAGCUCAAGGUGCAGCUGCAGGACGGGGACACCUACGAGGCCACCAUCAAAGAUAUCGACAAGAAGUCGGACAUCGCCACCAUCAAGAUCCACCCCAAAAAAAAGCUCCCGGCGCUGCUGCUGGGCCGCUCAGCUGACCUGCGGCCGGGCGAGUUUGUGGUGGCCAUCGGCAGUCCCUUUGCCCUGCAGAACACGGUGACCACGGGCAUCGUCAGCACGGCCCAGCGGGACGGCAAGGAGCUGGGCCUCCGCGACUCAGACAUGGACUACAUCCAGACGGACGCCAUCAUCAACUACGGGAACUCCGGGGGGCCUCUGGUGAACCUGGACGGCGAGGUCAUUGGCAUCAACACGCUCAAGGUGGCGGCCGGCAUCUCCUUUGCCAUCCCCUCCGACCGCAUCACGCGCUUCCUCGCCGAGUUCCAGGACAAACACAUCAGAGACUGGAAGAAGCGGUUCAUCGGCAUACGGAUGCGGACCAUCACCCCGAGUCUGCUGGAAGAACUGAAAGCCAGCGACCCAGACUUCCCGUCGGUCAGCAGUGGGAUCUACGUGCAGGAAGUCAUUCCAAACUCACCUUCUGAGAGGGGCGGCAUCCAAGAUGGCGACAUCAUUGUCAAGGUCAACGGGCGCCCGCUGGCGGACUCGAGCGAGCUGCAGGAGGCCGUGCUGACGGAGUCCCCUCUGCUGCUGGAGGUGCGCCGCGGCAACGACGACCUCCUCUUUAGCAUCGCGCCCGAGGUGGUCCUGUGAGGGGCCCUCCCCGCAUCGCCGAGCGCUGGAGCCCGCAGCCCAGGACAGCUGCCGGCCCAGGGGUCCCGUCCGGGCCGCUGCGUCCCGCGGGGUGGGGACGAAGGACCACGCACGGUCCUCAGCAGAGCCAGAGGCCUCCUCCUGGCUGUCCAGGGACAGAGCGGCAGGUGGGCUUGGCCCGGGACCCGCCUCCCAGCCUUCGGGGGCUUGGCUCCCUCGUCACAGUGCCCCCAGGCAGCCACACGUCCCCUCGUACAGGUGCUCCCGAGGGUCACCUUCCAACUCCGGAGUCUCCUGCAGCCCCCACCCCUGCCUCUACACCUGUCCAUACUCGGGUC